AUGAUCCCCAUAUCGUAUCCUUCGCCCAGAGUAUCACAGCUCGACGCCCAUAUUUUGGAUUCCGAGUUGUUGUCGUUGCUCAAGGAACAACUAGCAUCUAUUUUCCAACUUCAUACAAAUAGCAGAUUCUCAUAUAGUCAGAAUCCUGAGCUCUGGUCGCUUCUUCUAAAUGUACUUGUAUUCAAGCUCACGGUGUGGAAAUCAGGCUCUUCAUACGGCUUGGCGCUACAGAACUUGAAGCUUACCGAUUCAAAGACCAACAAACUUAUUGGUGUUUCCAAAAGAUCGCUACUUCUAGCCCUUCUUGUGGGAGACUAUCUUUACAGUAAGCUCCAGUCGUACUUGUAUUCUCUUGAUGACAACGACAGAUCCGAGCCAUACUCGUUUGCUUUGUUCAACAGGGUGAAAAGUUACGUCUACCGUAACCGAACAGCGCUUAUUAGCAGUGUCGAUAAUGGGUUCAAGACGCUUAACCUCAUCAACUUCAUGCUUUUUCUAGUUAAUGGAAAAUAUCCUUCACUCAUCCAUCGUGCUCUCAGAAUAACCAUGACUCCUAUAGCGUCUGAUUUGUUGAGAUUCAACGGGAGUAACGUUAAUUUCGAGUUCCAGAAUAGGCAGUUGGUCUGGAACGUCAUGACCGAAUUCUUAGUGUUCCUCUUACCUUUGCUCCAGUUGAAUAAGCUUCGUAAAAUGGCCAGACAGGCUCUCAGCACAUCGAAAAGUCAGGAGAAAACAACCAUAAUAUCUCCAUACACGAAUUUGCCAUUAUCACAAUGCGCAAUUUGUCAUGAUAACAAUAACCAGGCUGCUGCUUCUGGGAUGAAGUCGUUCACUACUUCCGGUAACAUCACCAACCCAUAUGUAACCAAUUGUGGACAUAUUUAUUGCUAUGUCUGUAUAUCUACGAGAUUCAAUGCUAUAAAGGCAUCGGGAGAAGAGCUUCCUUGUCUCCGUUGUGGACUGAAAUUGGAAUGGUUCAGAGAAUACGGAACUUCUGAGGAUGGCACUAAUGAGGUAGAUACAGAUGCGAUAUUAUAUGAAUUGGAGGCCAUAGACGAAGAAGAGGAGGAGGAGAUUGGAUCUGCUUUGGUUAAAACUCAAUCUCUAAGCAAGCCAGACGACGGUGACGAAGAUGGCAGCGACCAGGAUGAGUACAGCGAAGAGGAAGACUUUGACGAAGACGAAGCCAUGGACAUGUAA